AUGCAGUCAAAUGAACUGGGAGCUGCACCAACUCCUGGUCAAGAGAGUGCCCAGGGGGCAAGAUGCUCGGCUAAAUCGCAGCUCAUUUUCCGCGCCGGUUGCCGACAACAUCUCCUCUCCUUUGCUGCUCUCGUCGACGUGUGUCGGGUGUCACACGUCGUUAGCAUUCGGAUCGUCUUACCUUCCUCCGAAUCGACUAGUAAAUGGCUCGCAUACAGCUACAGCGGAGGCUCACAUCCCGAUAUGCCUCAAAUGCCUGUCAAAAGAUCAGAUCAGAGAGCAUCUCCGUCUCGUGGAACAAUUCUCGACUGA